AUGAGUGAGACUAGCGACGACCACAGUCAUCACGACUCCGACGAUGACCAUGACGAGGACGUAGAUUUCGACGACGACGUCGAUGACCCUGACCACCUCCUUCUCCUCCACGUCCAUCAUCAUGGCCAUGUUUUCGAGCACAUGAUUGGUGGCGGUCUUGAUGUUGUUUGCUACAACAGCCGCUACUACGUUGUCGAACAUGGAUGGCACGGGGACCUGGAGGAUCUUGGUGAUAUGCUCGUGAGCAGGGUGCCCGAAGAACCAGAUCGUUACAAGGCCUUGGAGCGGACGCUCGAAGCACAUGUCUAUCCUCUCAGCGACAACAAUGUGAGGACCAUUCCGGGCAUGUUGACAGCAGGUAGCUUCUUCAGAGCGUACCUGGAGCUGCCCACCGAAUUUCCGUACUUUGAUUGCUUGCCGGACUUCCAAGACGAUGGCGCCUACCAGAACGUGUUUCCCCACAACCAACACAUCUACAUCACGAAUCUGGAUGCAGAGGUAUUCACCAUUGACUACUCGGUGCACUAUCGACUGGACAAUAUUCCCCGAACAGACAACAUGUGGUACACUGCCAUCGAGCCAAGCGUGUACGGGAUGGCCCUGACCGUCAACACGGACAUUUGUCCCGAAGAGCACUUGGCCUCUCUCGCCAUCGAGCUGCCUGCGCCCGACAUGUCCUUUGGCACGACAAAUGUGCGUCGCUGCGACCCGCACGUCAAACUUGAACAAGACCACACGGCUUUGUUCGCAUUGACCGCUGCAAGCAUGUUCGGCACGUACCGCGACACGCUCGCCUGUCUGUGUCGCCAAUGGCAGCCCUCGUCGUUUCCCUUCCGAGAAUUUGUGUAUGCCAUUGUCUCAUGCGCCGCUGGAAAUUUCAGCCUCUGCCAGCCAGCUGCUGUGUCGAAGAGCCACGAGAUGCUGGUCCUGCAAUCACCCUGGUCCGCCAAGAGACACGAAGGAAAAGAAAGCGCACCUCUCGUGCAGUUCGGCUCCAUGUCCCAUCUCGAGAAUCUGCCUCCGGGUGCUGCCCCGACAGAGACAACGUACUGGCUGUCGAGCAGUUUCCCAGACGUCCUGGUCAGCCUUGUCCUUGUCGUGGAUGGGAAGGCGGCCACAGACGCCAUGAAUUGGGGCAUAAAGGCUUGCACGCGCCAAAAGUCAGACGAGGGUCGUUUCUUCAUGAUCAUUAUUUCGCUCUAUCAGGUUGCCUUGGCAGAAGUGUCCUGGACGAGCAAAGAACAAGACCAGCCACAUCUUCGGAUAUCGGACCCCAUGCCCUUGUCGCCUAUUGUUCCGGACGAUUGUCUCAGCACGCACCCUCGCGAGCGGCCUGUUAUGAUUCCGGAGGACCCGGACGACGAUGUAGAUGAGCCCUUCAAGGAAUACAUGCCCUGGAUACGUUACCAAGACGGGCCAGAAAAGAUCGAAGCUUUGUUUCCAGGAGUUGCGGCACUGGCCAAUUUCUUGGAGGUCUCGACGCGCCGCCGAGACAUGGCCGCAGUAUUGUCGAGCGGUGGGUGUACUCGCGACAGGAGGGGCACCGGCAGAGGCAGGCUGCCGUACGAGCUGUACCCAGAAAUUCUCGACUACGUCGACCACACAACCUGGAAGGCAUGUCUGACCGUGUCACGCGACUUCCGUAGCAUCUGCAUGUCCAAAUACCGCCUGGACGACCAAACAGCACUGGUUGAAGUGGCUGGUCGCAUCGGUAACUCAGCAGACGACUAUGGUUCAAUGUUUUUUUUCGGAGAGCGCGUGAACGCAAAGGAAAUGUACCUCAAUCACAUCUACCAGGGGCGGGGCGGCAUGACUGACCCUGAGUGGGCAAAUUGUGAGUGGAUAGUGGUGAUUGGCGAGGGGCGGCGAAGAGUUGCCCUGCUGGCGAUGGCACAGACGGCUGGUCCGCUUCGAAAGGCAGAUUUGGUGGGGACAGAUGGCAGAGCACGAGUAAUGGUCUGGCCAACACUGGUGUUUUGGUAG